AAAAGAAGAAAAUGUCAACAGGCUCGGAGACGCGCGGAAGACUCACAUGUCGGGACGAGACGCGCGUAGCACUCGCACGGAACCAAGGAAAGGGAGAAGACGGCUAACAAGGGAGGAUAAGUGCAAACAGUUCGCUGAACGCCGAUAUCCUGCGCCAAUCGUCGACUGCAUGUCAAUGAGGCGUUCGAGUCGAACUGAGAAAUCAAACGGCACCACGAGCGAGCGUCGGCGCCGCGCACCGUGAGAAAUCGGAUUCCUCGUGCGAAUUUGUCGCACGUCGCGAUCGCGGGCGGAAUCCCGAACGGUCCGCAUCUGCAUUUGCGAUGCAUCGCGAUACACCAAUCGUUCGUUUGCGCGCCGCGGCGACGCCGCGACGCGCCUUGCGAACCCGGAAAAUAAUGACACGGGCGACACGCCAACCAUGCGAAUCCGUCCAACGGCACUAACGCGCGAGACUCGCGUUGCAUUCUGCAAUUUGGAUAAUACACGCCGCCGCUGCCGCGGCCCGUCUUCUUACGCGCCGACUUGUCAUUAUGGAAAGCUGGAGCGUGAAAAGACAAUGCUAGGACGAUUAGAGGAAUUGGAAUGCGCGAUAAUGAGCGCGCCGUUCUCGGUACUGGAGAUCACAGUGCACCGCGCAACUAUUAUACGUUAUCCCGUUAUGAUUAUCCCUCCGUGAGGACAGUUGGAAAAAUUUGAGUGCGUUUCACACAUUUCGUAUCUUCUAUUGCAGAAUAGAAUGCGAUACCGCGUGUAGGGAUUCUCACAAGCCACCCUCGCUCCGCGGACGUUCAUGUCAUUACCGACGGUGCAUUUUAAAAGGAUGCCGAGCGGCGCUAGAAGCGUCGUCGGGGGUGGCGUCGGGACGGCUCGUCCGACCAGCGGGGGUAAUAGCGACGGGUGGUGGGCAUCCCCUUGCGCGACGGGAAGCGAAUCGUGAAAUCGUCCGAACAGACGGACGGACGGAGUGACUGCGACACGGUCAUAUGGAGCCGAACGACGGGGCGGCGUGUUAGGCGAUCGGCGGUCCCGCUUCCGCGGGACGAGCACGAGGGCCUACCACGAGGAGAGCGCGAAUGAUCGAUCCGACAGUUCGGAUCGGAAAGGCCGCUACCACGGACACGCUGAAAAUGGCGUCGAGCAAACCACCGGAGAUGAACUACACGUGCGAGAUUUGCGGCCUGGAGGGCUUCAACGACGAGGAGAUGCGCUCGCACAUGGUGCAAUAUCAUCUCCAGGGUGCCGCCAACUGUCCGUUCUGCGAUCUGGGCGAGAUCUCGCCCACGGAGAUGCUGGUUCACGUUAAUAGCGCUCACUUGGACUACCUGACACCGAGCACUCCGGAGAACGAUAUGAUGGCGUUCAUCGAUGAUGACUCGCUGAUGGAUGAACAUAACAGACACGAUGAGUGCAGGGCGCCUUCGCCGUCUAUGUCUUUGCGGCUGCCUCAUCUGCAGAACGGCUGGGGCAGUUCUUCCGCACAACGUGUCAAGCAGCAACAGCAGCAGCAGCAGCAACAACAACAACAACAACAUCAUCAGCAGCAGCUGUCGCCAAGAAAGCCGGUUGUCCAAGCGAAUCCCAACAUGAAUAAUAAUAACAACAAUAACAACAGUAACAAUGCCAAUGCCGGUAACGGAUGCACACAGUGUUCAGACUGUAUUCGUUGUGAGAAUGUGAGGAAUGAGCAUGUGGCUUCUUGUUCAGUGUUGGAAGGUGCAGCGGGCCAAGGUUCACCGCUGCGUUCAGGCCUAAAUCUACAACUGCGCUCGCACGCUUCCCCGAAACUUCCAGUGCAGGAGUGCCCCAUGUGCCCCUACAGUUCCGACAGUCCGCUGAGGCUGGAAGAGCAUAUCAAUCGCCAACACUUUGAUCUCACCUCGCCGUCCUUCCCGCCGGACUCUCCGCCGUCCCGGGAUGGAAUUUUCAACUGCCCACUUUGCGUUACAUCUUUUCCGAAUUCUUCUGACCUUGAGUUACAUGUUAAUAUUGAGCACAAGGAUAUACUUAGUCCUGCGAAUGGAACAACCUCACAAUCCGAUAUAGCUACUAUCGGUAGCUCGACACCUGCCUGUCCAGUAUGUCUUAGUACAUUAUUUAAAAAUAAUGACGACCUAAUGGCACACAUCGAAGAACACUUCAAUAAAAAGAGCACACCGUCGCCCGUGACACCAGACGUAUCAACCGACAGAAUGCUGGCUAAAGACAUGGAGAGAAGAGAGAAGGAGGUGAGGAAGUUGCGCGAGCAGCGUGAGUUCGAGAUGCUGAGAGCGCAGUACGGUAUGGACAAUCAGGGUAACUUCAGAGAGCAAAGUGUCACCAAUAUGCAGAGGGCUGUGUACGCGGGCGAGAUGACGGUGGCCGAUUUCUUCGAGAGACAAAUCGAGCUCAGAGUCGCCGAGAGCAGCGGGAUCGACGACGGCAGUUCUUGUACACGCGGUUUGGUUCCGAAAGUACGAGCCAUCAGUCAGGCUUGCAGCAACGUGGUGAACACCUGGAUGUGUUCCACCGUGGACCAUUACGCGUCGACUUACGGCGACAAGGGCUGGGGCUGCGGUUACAGGAAUAUGCAGAUGCUAAUCUCGUCUCUCUUACAGCACACAGGGUACAACGAUCUAGUUUACAAAGCGUGGGGCUCCGGCGGCAGCAACUCCACGGAGAACCCUUUGCGCAGCUCCAUGCCGUCGAUUUCUCGAUUACAGAAAAUGAUCGAGUGGGCGUGGGCGCAGGGAUUCGAUAUCCAAGGUGCGGAGCAGCUCGGCGGUAAACUCGUUAACACUAGGAAAUGGAUCGGCGCGACGGAGGUAUUCACGCUGCUGUCUAGUUUGAGGAUAAAGUGUCAGCUGGUGGACUUUUAUAGACCUACCAGUGCGGACGGCGGCCAUCCCGAACUGUUCAACUGGGUGCUGCAGUACUUUCAACGAUGCGACGAUUUUAAGCCACCACUUUAUCUUCAGCAUCAAGGGCACAGCAGAACGAUAAUGGGCGUGGAACAAUUGAGAGACGGCUCGAUAACCAUGUUGGUGCUAGAUCCAAGUCACAGCCCGGCGCAAAUGACGCAUUUCAGUAGCACGAGUAGCGCGCCGGGCGCUAUGAGGCUUGUACGAAAGUCAACCGCCGCGAUGAAGGCCAGACAGUAUCAAGUUGUAGCUGUAACCGGAACUAUGGAUACGGAAACACAAUAUCAGCAAAGUAAAGUACUACGAUCAAUGCGUGUUCCUCAAGACAGGUGAGAGUUGCUGGUUCGAGAAACGAUCGAGUCUCGCGCGAAGACUAUAGACUACUGCCUCAAACCAAUCUUGUCCGGCAUCCUUGAAAUUACGUGACCGCGAUGUCCUUUGUUCUUCUACUGCUAGCAGACUUAUUCCAUUGUAUAGUAGUUGCAGAUCGUAUUAUUUAACAAUAUAUUCUUGCAUCUCUAUAGCCAUUAAUGAUGGACUGACUCUUUGAAUCGUGUCCGCGCGACGCCUGUGACGCAGUGGACAAUUUCGCGGAGCUAAUAUUCAAAUAUCAAAAAAAAAAAAAAAAAGAAAAGAAGAAGGCUCCCUGAUGCGUUCGCUGCUGUUCGAGCACGUAAUCCUUUCCGAACGGAGAAAGUCCUUAUCUUUAACAAAAACUUGCCGUAUCCACGUGCGUGUGAAUUUCUGCGAGGAAAAUUGUCAGAUCGAGACGGCAAAAAAGUCCAGGGAAAGAUAGCGUUAAAUCGAUCGUCGUUUCUUGUCCAAAAUGUUCUGCUCAAUUUUCGUCGCACAGGCUGUGCUAACCCUUAGUCGACCAAUCGUCUCGUACCGAUCGGUUGCACCAUCGAGAGAGCCGUGGCAGAGCUUGGAAAACGAGACUUUUUCGUAGCUGUGAUGCUGUUAUCAAUACGACGCUAAUCACUCACGUAGCGUCUAACGGACACACUCUUGGAAACGCUCCAGAAUCGAUGCGGUGUUCCCAGCACUUAUCUGGUUCUACAUUCUACAAUUUGUGAGAAAAUCCUCCAUCAAAGGAGGAGAAAGACCUCCAUCAAAGUGUUGUCGACUUUUAGUCAAUAUAAAAAGUGCCGAGAGCCAUAUGGUAUAUACCUUAACGACAAAUUUUAUAUAACAAUAUGAAAGAUAUUCUUUGACGCAUUUUGAUUGCUAAAACGCUUCUAUGAAAGAGUCUGGAGUGUCUGCAAAAGUGACGUAAGUCGCAUUUUCAUAUAUUAUAUAUUAUAUACUAUACACAUACACAUACACACAUUACACAUGUGCACUCUUCGUUAUAUCGUACUUCACUGGCCCACACAUAAAGUACAACUACUUUCAUAUUAAUUAUAAAAUAUUCUAUUUAAUUAUCCAAUCGACUUUAGACUACUUAUGUCUUAGCUCGUAAGUUCAAUACAAUGCUGUGAAUGAGAAGAUAGAUGAAGAAAAAAAAAAGUCCAUUUACUUGUUAUUUAUAUUAUACACUUGACGAUUAUGUGACUUAGUAAAUUAUUAUUAUCAUUA